AUGUUACUAAAGGAUCUAAUUGCUUCUUGUGAUGGAAAAUCUCAUCCUAUUCGUUGUUACUCUGCUGCUGAGCUCAUCAGAGCUACCAACAACUUUGAUCCUUCUUGCAUUAUAGAUGAAUUAGUAUACUUCGACAUGUACAGGGGUAUUCUAGAUGACCGAACAGUUAUCAUUAGGAAGUACGGACGUUGGGUCGAGGUUGACGAGGCUAUUCGUGAUAUUAUCAUAUCAAUGCAGAUGAGCACCCAUAAGAAUUCCUUGAAAUUAUUAGGCUGCUGCUUAGAGUUCGAUACACCAGCUUUGGUGUUUGAAAAUGCAGGAAAAGGAGGUCUCAACUCUGAUGGGAGUUUAGUAGUGGAUAAUGAAUUAUUACCAUGGAAAACUAGAUUGCGUAUUGCAAAGCAUCUUGCUAGUGCACUUACAUACCUACAUUCUGCCUUUCCAAGGCCCAUCAUUCAUAGGAAUGUAACAUCCCGUUGCAUUUUAUUGGACGAUGACUAUGUUCCCAAACUCUUCGACUUUUCAAACUCCGUAACCAUUCCUCCUGACCAAUUGUAUGUUCAAGAAGAGUCCGCAAGAUGGACAAUGGGGUACGUGGACCGUACUUACCGAACACAUUAUAAAAGUUAA